GCUGAAGCAGUCAGUCUGUGCAUCGAAGACUUUGAGACCAGAAGAAGAAAGUUUCUAAAGGAGACUUAAUAGCUCCAAGUAAAUAAAAAUGUGCCGAGGAUUGUCAUCACUAUCAAGCUGCUGCUUAGAAAGGGCAAAAGGUAUUAAGGCUCGGCUGGGUAUCUUUUUACAGAAGUCGAAUAAACAUUACGUUUCUGUGCAAGCCAACAAGAUAGAUAAAGUAAAAUACAGAACUUCCUCAGAGGAAGCGAAGAAUUGGAGAGAAUCUCUGGACAAGAUGCUUUCUCAUAAAAAUGGUUUGGCUACCUUUAGAGCUUUCCUUUGCUUAGAAUACAGUGAGGAAAACAUUGAGUUCUGGCUGGCCUGCGAGGACUACAAGAAAAUCAGGUCACCUGCAAAAAGGGCCUCCAGAGCAAAGAAAAUUUAUUUGGAAUUCAUAGAAACAGAUGCUCCUAAAGAGAUUAAUAUUGAUUAUGAAACUAAAGACUUCACUAAGAAUCACCUUCUGAAGCCCACUAGUUCCAGCUUUGAUGAAGCACAGAGUAAAAUCUACAACUUGAUGGAGAAGGAUUCCUAUCCCAGAUUCCUGAGAUCAGAAGUGUAUUUAAACCUGAUCAAACAAACUGAAAGAAUGGCAAGUCAUUCAGACUCCAACAAGCAGUCUGAGACAUGAAUCUUGAAGGAAAACCUUUUGGGGAUAUCUGAUGAGAGCACUAACGCAAGCUGAGCAUAUGAAUGGAAAGCAUAAAUGGAAACAUUGUUGGAAAAGGCUUAUUAGUGAGCUAUGAGUUUGCACGGUUUAGAUAAAGAAUGGGACACAUAUUGAAGAAUGUGCUGAAGGCAUUGAAGAAGUAGCAUAUACUGAAUUGGGACUGUUAGACUUUUACACAAAUAUUUUAUUGCUAUUGUAUAAAUUAUUUAUUGUAUGUCUGUAAAUUAUUCUGUAAUAUUGGUUAUACCACAUAGGAAAAGGUUUGAGAAGUCUGCAUGAGGACAAAUUUAUGCUGACUUUUGUUAGGGAAACAAGUGGCUAGCUUCUACAAAAGUGUUUAAGGAAAUUAUUUGAAGUAUUAGAGCAGUAUCCUGCUGCUUUUGGGUUGUUUUACGCAAUUAAUCUACUACCUGCAUGCCCACAAGUUUAAUCUCCUGAAAAGCUCCAAGGGAAAUUAAACUUUUGCAUGCAACAAAUACUAAAUGGACAUUAAAGCUCUCACAUUAAAUCUUAGUUAUACUAGUUGAUAUCCUGGGUUAGCAAAAGGAUUAGCCAAACCUUCUGACAGUCUUCACCUGUGAGAGAAGUCUUUGUAGACCUAUAUUUAAAUAAUUCCUAAUAUUGAAACAUGAUAUCAGAUGCUGAAAAUUCCCAGUGACACCUUGAAGCCUAUUCAUUGAGUUCUGUAGCAGCUCAAGUUCCACACCGAGCAGGACAAGCUACUUGCAUCACAUUGAGCUGGAAAAGUUAUCUUGCUGUCACAUCAUUAUCCGUUGUUUUUUUCAUUUAACUGUUUAUGUAUGAGUCUUUGAUUUUCUCCAGGUGUAAAUACUAAGAGAAAACAAAAUAAAG